GAAGAUGAAUCCAAACCAAAACCAAAAUUCAUGACCAACGUGGCGGCCCCAAAGAUCCCCGAUGGCGGCGAGAAAGUCGACUUUGACGACAUCCACAGGAAGCGUCUGGAGAAAGAUCUGUCUGAGCUUCAGUCUCUGAUCGAGGCUCACUUCGUCCAGAGGAAGAAGGAAGAGGAGGAGCUUGUCGCGCUCGUCAACAGAAUCGAGAAACGUCGAGCCGAGAGAGCCGAGCAGCAGAGAGUCCGAGCAGAGCGGGAGAAGGAGAGGCAGGCCAGGCUGGCCGAGGAGAAGGAGCGCAGGGAGCAAGAGGAGCAGCGCAAGAAGCUGGAUGACGACGUGAAGAAGAAGAAGGUCCUCUCCAACAGGACCCAGCAGUACGGCGCCGCACAGAAGAGCGACAACAAAAAAGGAGCCAAGAAGCAAACGGAGAGAGAGAAGAAGAAGAAGAUCCUGGCUGAGCGCAGGAAGCAGCUCAGCAUCGAUCACCUGAGUGACGACAAACUCAAGGAGAAGGCUAACGAGCUGUGGCAGUGGCUGAUGGAGCUGGAGAUGGAGAAGUACGACCUCAAUGAUAAAUUCAAGAAACAAAAGACAGAUAUCAACCUGCUGCUGGUUCGAGUCAAGGACCACCAGAAGUAA